AAAAUCAUGACCUUCAUGCUCAAAUUUUGGCCUUCAACCAGCGCUAAAACCGGCGACAUGUUAUAUGUCAAUCUGUUACCUUUUUUCCAUAGUUAAUAUUACAGAACAACUUCAUGGUAAUUUACAUUAUUCUCUAAAUUACAUAUAAAAUAUUAUAUUAUUUCUGAAAUUCUAAUUUAAUAUUUCUAAUAAUUAUAUUAUUUGUGAUUUGAAGUGCGUGUGGGUUUUUUUUUUUGUUGUUGUUGUUGGUGUUUUUCUCUUUUUGUGUUUUGCUCACUAUUUAGUAAUGUAACGAACAUCCUAUUAGCCUGUUGAUCUUUUCUAACUAAAAAAAAAAACUGUAAAAUUGAUUUCCCAGAAUAUCCUGUUAAUUGACAAUAUCAGCAAUAUUUAUGGAGAUGUUGGAAAUACACAUAAUCCUUUCACAUGCUUGAGGAGCCUCCUCAGUGCGAGAAGAGACUGGAGGAAUGUGACAGUACGUAAAGAAUGGCCUGUCAGUGAUGGAAAACUUUAGUCACUAACAUGAUGCCUGUGAGUGAUCUACCCCAGACCUCUGCUCUGGUGUGUAAGGUGUGUUUCAUGUCAGGGAUAAUUAGCAAAGAAAUAUGAUUCAUAUCAGAAUGGAUCAUGUAUGUAUGUGGGUCAUUGCUGAUGCACAUGAUUAUCACAGUGUUUACCUGGUGAUUAAAUGUGCUUUAAGACAUGCAGGAGCAGAUAAAGUUGUCAUAAACACAGCUCUAGGCUUUGGCUUGUGUUCUUGGCCUGUAACCUCUGCUCUUAUCAAACACUAUGAGAUAAAUCCUGUUACAGUGCACUACAGUAGGUUUUAUGAGUUAAGGGCAGAUGGACUGUUGUGUAAUGAGUACAUGAGCAUACUUUUACGAUUCACUGGCUAGAGGUAGCUGAGGAACAGACCAUGUGAAUACAAACACAAGUGGAGUUUAAAUACCCUGAAGGUCACACGACUUACAAUAAAUAUACAUACUGGAGAGUCAAAACAGCAAAGUAACUCAGACUUCGCAUGUGGCAAGGGUAAUAGUUAAAUAAGGAAUAAUACAUGACAGUGUCUGAAGGCAGUAGCAGUGAGUCAGUGAAGGAGAGAUCCAGAUCAGUGCAACAGGACCAAGUAUGAAGAGAGUGAGUCGAGUCUCUCCCAGUGGCCAUGAAAACCCGGGUCUGGAGCUUAGUGAUGCAGCGUCCAGCCAGUCAAUGCAGCAAUAUACUGGUCCGUGUACCUCAGUAAUGUCAGCCUCAGUGGUGCGCUCUGUUACCCAGUGGGCUUCAUAUGCCCGGGGUCGCUGGAAACGGGCUACCCGUAAAUGCAUGAGGAGAAAACCCUCAGGGGAAUCUUUAAGCAGCAAGUACAAGGGCCUUGCCUGGGAGGAAGAUGUUGUAGAUGGAGACGCCAAAGAGCAGCAGUUGAACAAACGUCUGCUGGAUCACUUCAGAGUGCUGGCUGCCAACAACGAAGACACAGAUGAGGUUGACCUGCAAUUCCUGAAUGAAAUCCUUAGAGACGGAGCUGAUCCCAAUUCAGCAGACAAAUAUGGACAGACAGCACUUCAUGAGAUCUCUCGAGCCUGGAAUGUAGAUGUGAUGAGGUUCUUCCUGGAGAGAGGUGCUGAUAUCCGCAGGCCUGAUGCAUUUGGGGUUACGCCUCUCCACGUGGCCGCAGCCUUGGACUAUGAAGAUAUGAUUCACUUUCUACUAGAAAGAGGAGCUGACAUUGAGGCACACACGUAUAAAGACAUGCAGACACCAUUACACUUUGCUGCUAAGAACGAUGCUACUGAGGCAAUUCAGGUUCUGCUGCGGAAUGGAGCAGACAUUACUGCACACGACUACAAACAAAGAACUCCACUACAACUUGCUGUCAACCUAGAUCGCAGUGAAGCUGCACACACACUGUUGGAGCUGGGGGCGGAUGCUGGGGUUCAGGAUUCUGAUGGACAGCUAUGUAUCACUGCCAUGAUUGGCAAGAUGACGCCCGUGGCCAAUCUGGCACUGAAUCAGUUUCACGUGAAAGACCGAAUGACACGCCAGCAGUUCUUCUACCUUCAUCUGCUGGAGCCAGAGCGAACACGCCUGAAAAAAUCACACGGGAAAACCAGAAGUGAGCCGACAUCACCGCUAGAGUUUAUUGUCCAACAAGGGAAACUGGAUCUCAUUAUGCAUCCUGUAGUGUUAAAGCUCAUCACAGUCAAAUGGAACCUGUAUGGAAGACUUGGUGCAUGGAUUCUCCUGCUGCUCAAUUUUUUAUUUAUCGUUUCCUGGACCACAGUGGCCAUAUCUGUGUCCGUGUCACCAGAGGAGGACAAACGCUAUGUUUUCCCUCAGGACUGGUGGCGUGUGUUUGUGGUGAUGAUAGCGUUAGGGCUGACGGUGCUGGAGGUGUACAGGGAGGUGAUGGAGAUUCUGCGCUCUGUUAGAAAACUAAAAGAUUGGCAGCAGUGGUGUGAAGAGAGACUCAAUGAAGAUCUGGCUUGCACACACCCCAUGUGGCCAGAGGAACGUCACUACUUCGAGGGUCAGAUUAAGUUCAUUCGCAGCUUGAAGGGAAGCUACUUACAGGACCCCUGGAAUAUAUUUGAUUGGCUUGUGUACGUAUUGCUGAUAGCAGUUUUGGGUCUUCACUUGGCUGAUGUUUACCUGGUCUCUCAGACACUCCGAAUGUAUAGCCUCCGCAUCUUCGCUGUGGCCGUCAUCUUCAUCUGGCUCAGGCUGAUGAAGCAUGUCAGGGCAUUUAGGGUUAUGGGUCCCUUCAUUGUCAUGCUGGGGAAGAUAGUGGGUGACGUGCUCCGCUUCCUCUUCUUAUAUGCAGAGAUCUAUGUCCCAUAUGCCUGUGCUUUCUGGAUUAUAUUUGGAGGCUUAACAGCUGUACCUAGUAUGCAAACAGUGCCGCAGAUGCUCUAUAGCCUGUACCGGAUAACCCUUGUGGACGAGUAUGAGUUUGAUGCCAUGGUGGCUGUGGACUCUGUUAUGGCUCACUUGCUUUGUGGUACAUUUCUGGCCCUGUCUGCUGUUCUGUGUGUCAACCUGAUGAUUGCUCUGCUCUCAGACACCUUUCAAAGAGUAUAUGACAAUGCACUGGCAAACGCAGUGAUGCAACAGGCCUCCAUCAUCCUGCAGGUAGAAGAAUCCAUGCCUCACCUGUGGCAUUUCUAUGACAAACAGUAUAUCCACAGCUGCUGUGCCCCACUCAGAGAGUUUUAUGAUGAUGAAAUCAUAACAGAUCCAGAUCAGCAUGAAGAGAUGAAGAAACUUACAGCAGAGAUUAAGGAUACAUUGGAUGAGUACUUGACCAUCCAAAAAGAGGCCAAACUACUCAACCCAGCUCAAACAGAUGAUGGUAACAGAUCUCCCAGAUGGAAUAGUUUCUCAUCUCAACAAGAACAUCUCGGCAGUCUAAUGAGACUGGAAAAGGACCAACAGCAGCAGAUUCAGGAUCUGCAAGACCUAAGAGAAGAUGUAAAGAAGCUCCAGGGAUUACUGCUACAGCUGAUUCCGUCAAAGCCUACAACAUCUACUGAUGUUCCAAAUAUAUCUUCAGCAGGGCUUCGGUAGGCUGGAACGAACCACGUUUUGGUUUUUGAAGUUGGACAAGAAGCAAGCCCUUUGAAAGAUAACAAGCAUGUGUUAACUAUAACAAACUCUCUACCUACAUGUGGGUAAUUGUUAAAUAUUUGGAAUGCUGACCACGGUAUAUUCAGUGCUGGUUUCACUGGUUUUUAACUUGACUUCACUUUAAGAACUUCUAGUUAACAUACAGCAUGUACUAGGUUAAACUGUGUGUUGGUUUUAUCCCUGGCCUACAGGGUUUUAUGGUCAAUAAAUUAGUUUAUCAAACUUGCUAUGUCAUGAGUCUUUUAAUAUUUCCAUGCAUCUACCAGAGGCGUGUCUAUACAGAAGACAAGACAUGCAAUUUCCUGGGCCCCCAAAGGCUGUUUACUCAUGUGCAGUAUACAGCGACAUAUCAGGAAUCCCUCUAAAUGGAAGAAAAAAGAUCAACAAAAAGUGCAAAAGAAGAAGCAGGAUGUGGGAAGUGGUGGAGACAAUGAUGAAUGAAUGGAGGAUGGUAACUGUGUGCCAAGAACUCAGUGUAAGCUCCAGUUUGUUUUUGGUGAGGAACUGGCACUCAGACUGGAGCAUAGCAUGAAACUAAAAUGUUGGCAAUGGUGCAACUUUUGAACCUAUUUUAUGUCACAGUUGUUCGUAAAGAGUGGAGAGACUAACAUAUGUACGCCAUCUAUCAAGCUGACACCUUUUAUGCAAUGGAGCCAAAUCACUUUUUUUUUAUUAUUGUUUGCAGCUUAAUACAACCUACAAACCUGGAGUAUUUUGUUUAACCUGAAGUUAUUUGCUUAACCUGAAUGUGUGUUUAUACCCUAAUAAUAUACAUGUGAUGUGGCUGUUACUUGGUACAUAUGACCAAGAUAUGGCAUGCUUGAAUGAAUGUAGGUCAAAUCUGAACCCUAUAUGUUUUGAAAUACCUGGGUCCAUGGAGGACUAGUGGUUAGGCCACAGCGCUCUCAUUCCACAGCGCUCAAUUCCCGGCCAGGUUGCAUGCAUCAGUGUGCUCCCAGUGCUGGUCCCAAGUCUGGAUAAUGGGAAUGUUGCAUCAGGAAGAGCAUCUGGCAGUAAAACUGUGCCAAAUCAAAUACACAGACCAUGAUCUGCUGUGGCAACCCCUAACGGGAGCAGCCGAAAGAGGAACAACAUAUGCUUUGAAACACUUAGACUUUCUCUUUUGGAUCACCUGUAGCAUUGAGAUCCAUGGACCUCAUGUUUUGUGCAUAUAGCACACCAUAUCUAAGGAUUUACAUGUGGGCUGUGUGUGUGUGUGUAUGUGUGUUUCACUGCUGGAAAGCUAAUUCCUUCCUCUACUUGAGUGUAGGAAUAUACAGUAGGCUAUAUUUAAUAAUAUAUUAGACAAAAUUAUAAAUAAAAAAGUUUAAAGUCUUGGCAAACAUCAGUUUCUUUGAAGAACUUGCAGGUAAAACACACAGAUACACUUACAAUCUUACUUGUAAUGCUAUAUUACAAUAUUAAUUAUUACAAUUAUUAAUUUCUGUAUGUUCAUACUACUAGGAAUAUACAGAUUUCUAACAUAAUGGAAAUGGGAAAUGAGCCAGAAGGACCCAUGCGCCCUUUUUCUUUUCUAAGCCUGGGGUCCCCUGCCUUCUCCAGCUUCUUCUCUGGUCACUGAUGUAUGGUGUUUUGUUUUGUUUUGUUUUUUUGCCAUAUAUGUAUGUACAUGUUAUUUUU